AUGUACAAGACGGAGUAUGCAGUGAAAAAAGCUUAUGUAGUCUAUAUGGGAGCACACAAACAUGGAGAAUAUGACCCGAUGAACAAUGUUAGCAUGGAUAGGGUUGAGAAUUCACAUCGCCAAUUUCUCUCAUCUUUUCUCUAUAGUGAAGAUAGUGUUGAUGAUAGUAUCAUUAACUCGUACACAAAACAUAUCAAUGGUUUCACAGCCUUACUUGACGAAAACCAAGCAGCAAAAAUUGCAAAAUAUCCAAAUGUUGUAUCUGUUUUUUUAAACAAAGCGAGUCCUUUGCACACUACACAUUCAUGGGAUUUCAUGCAUCUUGAGAAAGUUCGUAAUGGCAUUCAAUUCGCUCUUUAUCUCAAUUCUCUAUGGUAUAAGACAAAAUAUGGUGAAGAUGUCAUCAUUGGAAAUAUAGACUCGGGAGUUUGGCCAGAAUCCGAGAGUUUCUCAGACUAUGAUUAUGGUCCUAUUCCUUCACGUUGGAAGGGAUUUUGUCAAAAUAAUACUAGCGUCUUUGGAGUUCCAUGUAACAAGAAACUCAUCGGUGCAAGGUACUUCAACGAAGUUUACAAAUCAAAAUCCAAUCAUAGUUUGAACCCAUUGAUGAUCUCCCCCCGCGAUUUUAAUGGCCAUGGUUCCCACACUCUCUCAACGGCCGGGGGCAACUUUGUCCACAACGCAAGUAUUGUGGGAGUGUGUAAUGGCACCGCGAAGGGCGGCUCACCAAGGGCUCGUGUGGCUUCCUAUAAGGUGUGUUGGCCUACGUUGAAAAACGAAUAUGGCCUCAUGUGCAACGGCGGAGACAUCCUGGAGGCAAUGGAUGCAGCCAUACAUGACGGCGUAGAUGUCAUCUCUAUUUCCAUCUCGAGCGGUUCUGGACAUGAGUACUUCGGCCACAUCAGAAAUGCUAUUAGUAUCGGCGGUUUUCACGCUGUGAAAAAAGGGAUAGUCGUGGUUGUAUCUGCAGGUAACACAGAAUCCAUGGGUAAUUGGACCGUUGAGAACCUUUCUCCGUGGCUAUUUACGGUCGCAGCCAGCACUACUGAUCGCCAAUUCAGAACUAUAAUCAAUCUCGGCAAUGGACAAACAUUCGUGAGAACAAACAUUGCCAAGUCUUUACCGAAAGAGAAAAUGUACCCGAUUAUUUCAGCUGCAGACGCCGCCGCCACAGGUGUUGCUCCUUUGGACGCUUUGUUGUGUAAGGAUGGGAGUUUAAACCCGAAGAAGGUGAAGGAUAAACUGUUGGUCUGCCUCAAUGAUAAGAAUUCAAAAGAAAAAAGCUUCGUGGCCUUUAAAGCUGGAGCUGUUGGUAUGAUACUUUGUAAUGAUGAAUCCAGUGGGAAUGACAUUAUAGAGGAGGACCCUUAUUUUCUACCCACUUCAAAUGUUAACUACACUGAUGGCCUUGCCAUUUUUGAAUAUAUCAAGUCCAAUAAAAAACCUACCGGAUAUAUAUCAGCAACAAAGGAAAUAUUUGACGUGAAACCUUAUCCAUUCAUGGCUUCUUUCUCCUCCAAGGGUCCCAACAUAUUAACACCCGAAAUCCUCAAGCCUGACAUAACAGCUCCGGGAGUGGGCAUCAUAGCAGCCAAUACCGGAUGGAAGAGUCGGACUGAUUACAUCAAGCAAUCCGGUACUUCCAUGGCGUGUCCUCAUGUUUCUGGAGUAGUCGGACUUCUGAAGAAGCUUCAUCCUGAUUGGAGCCCAGCCGCCAUUAAAUCCUCUCUUAUGACAACCGCUUGGACAAGAGACAAUACGGGCAAUCCAAUGCUAGUAGGAGGCUUCAAAAGAGAAGAGGCGACCCCUUUCAACUACGGAGCUGGGCACAUACGUCCAAACCUUGCCAAUGAUCCUGGCUUGGUUUACGACUUGAGUUUCGUUGACCACUUGAACUUUCUUUGCGCGUAUGGAUACAGCGAAGCCCGAGUUCGUCAAUUAUCCGGAAUUUCUGAUCACACAUGUUCUAAGAAUGCAAGCCUUCUUGACUAUAACUACCCUUCAAUUACCAUUCCCGACUUGUCCAAUCCGGUCAUCGUAACACGAACUCUAAAGAAUGUCGGUCAACCGGGAACCUAUGUGGCCCGUGUUCGUGUACCGAAUGGAAUAUCGGUGACGGUGAAUCCACCUACUCUUAAAUUCUCAAGGAUUGGAGAAGAGAAGAAGUUUAUGAUGAAGGUUGAGAAAAAUGAGGGUGUUAACAUAACCACGGAAUUUGUGCAUGGAAAGCUUUUGUGGUGGGACAAAUAUGGUCACAAGGUGAGGAGUCCACUAGUAGUCGGAUUUGGCCUUAAAUCCCCCAUUACUAAGAAAUGAAGAUUAAGUUGAUGUAGAAUUAAUGGUCCAAAUCUAAUUAUUUAUCCU